AUGUCAACAUUUGUACUAAGCAAAACUCAAAGAAACAAACCUUUAUUACUCUCUAAUGGCUUCAGCUAUACUAUCGACAAAAGAACUGAUGAAAAAAUUUAUUGGAAAUGCGAAUCUGCACAAUCAUUUAAAUGCAAAGGUCGAAUUCAUACUAAUUCUCUUAGUACUAUUAUAUUACAUGAAACUAAAAAUCAUAAUCAUCUUGGAAAUGCCGUUUUAAGUGAAAUUAGAAUAUUUGAAGAAAAAAUUCGUGAUCGUGCUAUUAAUUAUAAUGAAUCUACACAAACUGUUAUUGAUAAUUGUUUAAUGAAUUUAUCGGAUAAUGCUGUAGCACGUAUUCCAAACUUUAAACAUAUUAAGAAUUGUGAACGUUGA